CCAGCCCCCGCCGCAACCAGUCCCGUCCGCCGGCCCAAGGCGCAACACCCCGCCUCCGUCCGCAGCUCCAAGAUGCCCUGCCGCAUCCGCAGGAGGACGUGUGGCGGGGAACGCCGGAGGCGCGGGCGUGCGGAGGGGAACACGAUUAGGGAGGGUCGGGUGUGCGGAGGGGAACGGCGAUUAGGGAGGGUCAGGCAUGCGGAGGGGAACACGAUUAGGGAGGGUCCCCAUGUCUGAGAAGAGACGAUCGGGUCCACCGUUCAGUAAGUAAAAACGGAUCAAAGUCAAUUGUACCGCAGAAACGAUCCGCUUAUAAAACGAUCUGUUUUUUAUAAGUAAGUAAAGAUAAAAAAUUAUUUUCAAAUGAGGCAUGGAGUAUCUGGUGUUCAGUUCUUACUUAGGCCAAGAGUUUACAGCCAACAUUAUUAGGUGAUUAGACAAAAGGAGGAAGUCAAAGCUAAACUGGCAAUCAUCAUUUUCAUGAUUCUCCUGUAGGGAGUUCUCUUUUGGGGAGAAGAUAUAUCCUGUUAGUGGAAGCCCAAUCCUAUCAACUGCCAAGAGAGAGGUCGAAAGUCAAUGGCAGCUGGAGGCCCGCCUGUCCAAAUGAUUCCUCCUCCCCUUGCCCGUCUCGUGUUUAAAAUCUCUGACAUGUGCGCGCCCUUGCCGGCCAUAUCACAGGUUCCCGGCGGGCACAGAGCGAGAGAGACCCCGGCACGUCGUCCAUCCCAUCGCCAUGGCACGGCACGCUCCGCUGCUCUUCACCAUCGCGGCCGUGCUCGCCGUGGCCGCGGCGUCGGCGUCGUCCUACGUGCGCGCCGCGGACAAGGAGCUGAUGAUCAUCGGCGGCGACGACGACGUGUUCGGGCUGGGCGGCGUGAUCGGCGGCAGGCGGCGGCUGGAAGACCUCAACGGCACGAGCCCCGACGCGAACGCGACGAGCGCCGACGGCAACUCCACGAGCACGGGGUACAUCAGCUACCUCGCGCUGUCCAGGGACAGCGUCCCGUGCUCGCAGCGCGGCGCGUCCUACUACAACUGCCGACCCGGCGCAGAGGCCAACCCCUACAGCCGCGGCUGCUCAGCAAUCACGCAGUGCCGCGGCUGAGGUAGGCGGCGGCCGCAGGGCCUGUUCCAGGGCGUUGCUGUCUCCGCUCUGCCAUUUCGCGCCGUUUGUCUCUUUUUCUUUGCUUUGCUUAUUAAUUUGUUGAUGCUUCACUUGGGCCCGAGCAGCUGAAAACGAAUUUAAUUCAUCUUUACCAUUUCGCCGUGUAAAUCGUUGCUAUUCUUGUGCUAAGAGUGACGUUGUGUGUUUGUGUGAUGUAUGGCGGCCAUAUAACCAAAUAUAUAAGUCAACUGAUUCUUACAGCA